AUGUUUGUGACCGCAUAUAAUGCCGACGUUAAGGAUCAGUUGACGCCAUUAGCUAAGGGUUGUCUGCCAGUCCUUUGCUCCCAACUCGACUCCGAUGACAAAGAGUACCUGAAUUUAGUUUUGUUAACAAUCAUUAGUUUCCUGUUUUGGGAAUUUAAGGCAUUUCUCGGCAAAGAGAAAAAGUUGUUGACUUCGGAGGACACUCUGUCGCCAUUUGCGGUGAUAAUCCAAGACUGCGAUGGCUUACAACGAUUGAAUCAAAUAAAUGGUCACCGACGGGACAAAGAGUCUAACAAUAAGUACUAUAUGCCGACACAAGGGGAACGGCGGGUCGAGGAGAUACUGGCGCUUGCCUUUCACAAAGAGACCCGACCCCAGGAGCGGCAACAGUCCGUAUAUGUUUUGUACACGUUUCCCGAGGUUAAUCCCAGGGUAAAACAGGAACAGUGUUUGGGCUGUAAGAAAGAGAUGGACGCCCAGAAGAAGUUUGUGAGGGCCGACACCACCAUAUUCUCGUGCCAUCACCUCAACCUUUGCAGGCCGUGUGCCGUCAAAGGGGUCACCAAAAUGUAUAACCAAGAGUCAGAUGUGCCCACAUACGACUACUCUAUAAAACUAAACGAGUUUAAAGAGAAAGUCUUUCCCCGACUCUGGGAACAGUUGUCGACUACCAGUGCUCUAAUGCUGUUACAACUGAUUCUCUACAACGACUAUAAGAUCCAAAAAUCACAACUAAUUAAGAGUGCUUUGAAGGCAUCAUUGGUCCCGCAAUUGGUUAACAUUUAUGAGACAACUCGAGACAUACAAACCAAACAACUGGUUAUUAAUCUGUUUUCCGUAUUCUGUCUGUCGUUUGAAAGUAAUCCAAAACUCCGUAAACAUGUCCUCAGUAACAAUGCAGUCAUCGAUUCAAUAUUAAGGUGA